CCGGUCCCUGCUUACCCCAUCCCCUCAAGUGCAAUCUUGGACCCGAAAGAUCAUCCCUCAUCAUUACCAAUACCUUGGAAUUCGAAACAUGUCCCGAAUCUACGAACUGUCGGCCGAUGAUGUCGAUGAUUUCGACUUUCCUCUCGAGGCUAGCUCCUCGAAUAUGCCCGGAAGCUCAAGCGGACCCAGCGGGUCGUCAAACAUGCCCGGAAUGCCACCAAACAUCCCAGGAUUCUCCAAUAUGCUAGCCGGAAUGAUGGGUGCUGGAAUGGGUCCGCAGCCACCGAUAAAGAAAGAGGUCGAUCGAUCUAGAACUAAAAACUGGGAAACUAUUUACCCCCGCUAUCUUGACUCAAAAGCUCCCUGCAAAACCGGUGGAAGACGUGUUGCGCUAAAGUACUCCCUACGCUGGCCGCUUGCGCAACUGAUUCAACACGCUUGUACGCAGAUCGGUCUCCCUUGCCAGUUAGAAAACGAUAAAGUCCACCCAGCAGACUGGGAAAAUCCUGGACGGGUCAAGGUAUUGAUCAAAAGAAAUAAUAAGCCUAUUGACCCCUCGAUCCCAAACAAAUACGCUUUGCUAUGUAAAAUCGGACUACUCCUGAGACCUUUGGAAACCGUCCGACUGAAUCUACCGCCACCCACCGCAAAAGAUCGAAACUCAACUCCACUUCCUAAUAUCAACCUCCGCUUGCCAUACAAUUCACCAGCGGUAUCACAUGGAUUUCUAGCAAUGGCUGAAGCCGAGGCCCAAAAGCCCACCGAAUCAUCCGGCCCCGCUAUCGAGGAUGCACCGGGUAGUAAGAAUAAGGGCACCAAAGGACCUGCCGAUACUAAGAAGAAUUCCAAGGCUACACCCAAGAAGAAGAAGGGAAAGAAAUGAGGACCCACACAGUGAUAGAACCAGGUUAGAAAGACGUCUCUUUGAACAAAACAGCCGGCUCUCAUUUCAUGCUAGAAAAUUCGCUGUAGUAUUACAAAGACUUUUUUUCCAUCAAACCUUUUUGAUAAUCAUAUCUCAUUUUUCUAAUCUUGUUGAAAAAAUGCAGAAAUUUACAGUGAGUCCUGUUGGCAAAGGUAAGUGAACGACCAACACAAACCCUACAAUUUUUUUGCAAACACAAGGACAUGAUUAUGUCAAGGGAAGACUACAGAGUUUAGUUGGAGUCAAAAAAACAAGAAUAAUAACAAAUCUGCUUGUAGUGGAAACCACACAAACACUCGUACCCUCACCCCUCACUAUUAAUUUCACACCAUUCAUUGCUAAUUCUUUGUGGGAAUGUGGGCAAAAGCCUAUCCAUAUAUUUGUUGAUAUCACCCAACUCAUAAUCUGACUUGGAAAUAUCUGAUACAUUAGAUGAAUUCCUGUCAAAAUCUGGCAGUGU